UAUGCUUUACCUAAAAUACAAACACAGUCCAUUAUUACUCAAUACUCAAGUCCUAUAGUAGUGUAGUGGGCCUAUGUGGUAGGAAAAAACGCAUAUUAUUAUGUAUAUUGUAGUAACAUAAUGGAGGAUUGAUAAUGUUAAUAUAUAUAUAAUUUACAAGAUUAUAUUAACAUAAUGAGCAUAAUGAGCGACACCCGAGGAUCGCGCGCACUAAUUUUAUCCUGCGCGAGCUCGGUGUGUGACCAGUCCAAUCACACCACAGUCUAAUUUAGCAACUUCACUCCCAGAUUACGUCACCCUGGGUCAAAGGAAGAAAAAAAGAAGAAAGAAAAAAGUAAGAAAUAAAAUAAAAUGCGCUGGACCGAAUGUACAUAUUAUUGCCCUGUGUGUGUGUGUGUGUGUGUGUGUGUGUGUGAGAGAGAGAGAGAGAGAGAGAGAGAGAGAGAGAGAGAGAGAGAGAAAACGCCGAUGAUAAGGAUUUAACGGGAGACCGGAGACACGAGCUCGCGCAGGAACGCGCACCACACCGCUCCAUACGUCCUGGUUUACAUUCGGGUCGCGUCCCAAACCGCACACCAGACACUAAAGCCUGUGUGCUCACUGAAUUACUGAAUCACCACCACUCGGUUCAGUGCGUGAAUGGAUGCGUGGGCCCAUAUCCCCACCACAUAUCCCAAAUGUGUGUGUGUGUGUGCGCGCGCGCGCACAUGUGCACGAACCCUGAAUGACAGGUGUCCUGUAUCAACAAUGGCAAGUUAUAUUAUAUAAGUUAAAUAAGUUAUAUUUGAUCAACCAAUCGCAAUCUGUAUGAUUGUAUGAGCUACCUGUAUGACAUCAUCACCAGGCUUUUAUUUAAACACCUCGUCUCAGUGCACAGUUUACUGCUACAGAACAGUACUUUAGUAGCUAAGCUAACAGAGCUAACAGGCUAUAGAUACACCAGUGUGUCACGCUUAGCAUGCUACAGUGCUGUGCAUAAGUAUUUACCCUCGGACAAUUAUAAUGUUACAGUCUGGAACUGAAAUGGUCUUAAUCAGGAUUUGAACUGUGUAAUUAAAGUAUCAUGUGAUCUCAGUAUAACUUCACCUGUUCCUGGAAGAACUCAGAGUUUGUCAAAGGACAUACUUUAACACAUAGCAUCAUGAAGACCAAGGGGUGAACAGACUGCUGGGGCAAAGUUCUGGAGCAACAUCAAUAAGAAAUCACAGGCUUCAAACAUUCCACAGAGUGACAUUAAAUCCAUUAUUUAAAAAAUGUAAAGAAUGCAACAGAAGCCCGACUCUGCCUCGAGGAGAGCGUCCACCUAAAGCGGGUAAAGAGGGGAUUAGUCAGAGACACAGCAAAGAGGACAAGGAGAACUCUGAAGGAGCUGGAGAUCCACAGGUCAGAUGGAGAAGUUGUUCACAGGAUAAACACAGACCGGAGACACUGGGUCAGGGUUGAUGGAGAUUGAUGGAGACAAAUACAGAACAAUUCUAGAAGAAAUCUCAUGCCAGUCUGUGAGAGACUUUGGAGCUUCACCUUUCAACAGAACAAUAACACUAAGCAUAAUACUAAAGCAACACUGGAGUGGAUAAAGAACAAGAACCUGAAUGCGGCUUACAUACCAAAGGAGGAAAAAAGCAAGAAUGAAGUGGUGCCAUUUAUGGAGGUGUACAGUAAGAGCAGGUGUAAUCCGAGGGAGACGCUGGUGGACGUACAAAGCGAAUAUCCACACGACACACACAUCACCUACCUGCCGUCCUGCGUAGUGCUGCAGCGCUGUGGAGGCUGCUGUAAUGAUGAAGCACUCGAGUGUGUUCCUACACACACACACAACAUCACACUGGAGUUGUACAGAGUAAAACCAGGUGUAGGAGAACACAAACAUCUGCUAAGCUUCACAGAACACACAUACUGUGACUGCAGAGUAAAACCAGAAUUGAAAAGGAAAAAAGAAUACCGCUGUGAGCCCUGCUCAGAGAGGAAGAAGCACUGGUUUGUGCAGGAUCCUCUCACCUGCAGGUGUUCCUGCACACUGACUCAGUUACAGUGCAGGUCCAGAAAGCUUGAGUUAAACGAGCGAGUUUGCAGGUUUGUUCAUCACCUCGUCCUGUGUGUGAUGUGACGUCAUGUGUGUGUGACGUGACAUCCUCAUGUGUGUGAUGCAACCUUGUGUCUCUGUGUGGUUCUUGGGUUUUUUUCUGCAUGACUCGCACACUUUUACUCUUCUGUAAACCCUGGUGCAUGCGCGUGAUCUCCACUGCACACCGCUGACAUUAACAUGCAGUCACAUGGCUGAGAGAGAGAGGUGUGU